AAGCGAGGAACCGACUGGGAAGGACAGCAACGAGAGCGUGUACGAAGCGGAGCGGGUCGAGUUUGGUCGUGCUAGGACUGGCCACAGCGGCACCGCAGCAGCGGUACCGGAGCAGCGGCACCGGAGCAGCGGAACCGGAGCAGGCGGACGGCAUCGAACCGUGGCGCACGGACAAACAUCUCUUGGAUUGUCAAUUAUUUUUCCGUUUUUUUUUCCUGAAUACAGGUGUUGGGUGUGUGUAAUGACGUCACUGGUUUUGUGGAGAGACGCGGCAGAGAUGGCGCGGAUAACCCGGGUGUACCUCCUCGGGCUUGCGUACCCUUUCCUUGCUAAUAGUGUGUGUUAUUUAGACCUUCUGAUGGCUCUGGCCUUUUUGUGACCACGGACCGCGUCUUUGCUAGAUUUUGGGAUUAGCAACUGCACGUUAAUGUGAAGAAAACAACAACAACAACAACAACAACAACCCUGACUCUCGAAACCAUGGUUUUGAGUCCGUGUUGAGGUAUUUUUUUUCGAAGACAUUUUUGUUUUUCGGAGUCCAUCACAUUGAUUGGCGCCUCUCACACCUCAAUCAAUAUAUUGCAAUACUGCUGUGUAGUAAACGGGCGAAUGAAAACAGACGCACAAGCCUACUGCAGGUAUUUUCUUCAACCAAAAUAAACUAUUCCACCUACCGAUCUAGUAAAGGAAGACGCUUCCCACACCAGCCUGAACAAA